CUCUACACCUCUAUUCCUAAUAUACAUUUCUUAUAUAUUCUUAAUUUUUUUUUAUUAUAACUUAUAGAUGGUCUUCCCCGGAAAACGCAGCACAGGCUGUUUUGUGUGCCGUAGGCGUAAAGUCAAGUGCGACGGCGCCAAACCGCAUUGCCAGCACUGCACCUCCCGGGGCGUCGAGUGCACCGGCUAUCCUGAUGCUUUUCAAUUCAGACCGUACAAAUCGGAGAAUCCAUCGCCGCCUCAGUCGGCGCUAAUUACGCAGCAGCGGGAUCAGCCUCCUGUGGUGCGCUGUCGAUCGCCGCGUCUGCGAUCCGGUCCUGCGUUGAGUCUCGAGUGGCAGUCGGUGUGUUAUUUCGUGCAUCAACAUGUUUUGAAAGUCCAUCGAUCGCCGUGUCGAGGGCGGUUGGCUUUUUUUCCCGAGCUGUAUCGGGAAAAGGGCGAUGAUCCGUGUCUGCGACAUGCUAUUCUCAGUGUGACUUAUCUCGCGCUGUACAAUACGGCCAGAGUCGAUGUGCUGCAUCUCCAGGCGAGAAAGCAUUACGGUUCUGCUAUCCAUCAUCUUGUCGAAGCGCUCAAGUCGACAGAGACAGCAGUGCAAGAUGAGGUUUUUGCUGCCUCGUUGUUUCUCAGCAUGUUUACUGAUCUGAGCAAUGAAGAUGGCGAUUCAUUAAAUCCUCAUAUACCCGGAGCAUACGGCCUUAUGCAAGUCCGAGAUAGACUGCAGUUGAGCACGAAAUACGGGCGAGAACUGUUUGGCUGGGCAGUCACGCAAGUACAAACACAAGCCAUUGCCCAUCAUGAAUUUCGAUAUGCUGCCCUUCCUCAGUCCAUCCGCAUGAUGUACCAGCCAGACAUCAUCUACCGCGCUGGUAUCGUCACCGGGAUGAUAUCAGACCUGUGUCGAUCCAUGGGCGAGAUCAGAAAUAUUCUAAACCAUGGACCGAUCAACCAAAAUGGCAAAGAUUCGGUCUCUAGAUUACUAGAACAAGCACACUAUUUCAUCGACGAAAUCGAUACCUGGCAUGAAGCUAUCCCAGGCCAUUGGAAGCGUCAAUAUCAACCGACAGAGACCGAGGCAAUCCCAGCUCAACGUGAUCAGUGGACGACAUGCUAUUUAGCUACGAUAUACAGUGCACAGAUAAUAUUCUACAUGCAGAUAUCGGAAUUUUGCCAGCAUCUGAAUACACUUGGAAUAUCACUCGGUCAACUAUACAUCGACGAUGACCCCAUCGAGCCAUUCCUGGACCUGGGUACCCGAAUCAGCAAUCUGAUCGAGAUGAUCUGCUCUACUGUUGCUUCAACGCUUGGAACAAUAACUGCAUACAGAAAAUUUCAACCAUCACCAGACACAAAACUGGCGAAUGGAUAUAUUCUUCGUGGGCCCAUGCGGGUCGUUGUCAGCUGUCGGUUUUCAACACCAGAACAGGUCUUCUUAUGUCAACAGGGACUGCACUUUGCUGGACGGAGUAUGUCUAUUGGCCAGAUUGCCUGAUGAUGGUUCUUGUGUAUAAUGUCUUAAUGCCUCAUGUCUAUACCAUUUGUAAUUCAUUAAAAAGCUCAUCUUUGCUACUGUCGUACAGGUUGUGCAUAUUCAGUAAGAAGAAAAGGCCUCAAACCUGGCCGUUCUCUAGCAAUGGCGCUUUCCACUCCAUCAAUCUUCUGUCAUCCCAAAGAGCGUAACCCCAUUCCCAGUCCGUCUCAGUCUUUCGUUCGAAAUUCAUGCAAUCCUCCAGCAUGUCAUGCUCAUUAUGAGGCAACAGCCAUGCCUUCUUCCAACCCAAAGUUGGCCGUUCAAGAGGCGAUAGAGUAGACCAGAACUGUUCGAAAUUUGGCAUCUCAUGCUGAUCCGCUGGGUCGGUGAACGGGAACUUCUCGUCCCAAGAGAUCCCGAUCUUGAGUCCAACGAAUGGCCCGGCCCAGAACCCCCUGAUAUUAAGGCAGAGGAUAUUC